GUCGGUGACGCUCCCUUUUCCCUUUGGUUUUUUUUCCCGGAGCAGAGCGGGAGCAGCUUCCACGUGUUUGACCAGGGCCAGUUCGCCAAGGAGGUGCUGCCCAAGUACUUCAAACACAACAACAUGGCCAGCUUCGUGCGCCAGCUCAACAUGUACGGCUUCCGCAAGGUCGUGCACAUCGAGCAGGGGGUGGUGAAGCCGGAGAAGGACGACACGGAAUUCCAGCAUCCCUAUUUCAUCCGGGGCCAGGAGCUCCUCCUGGAGAACAUCAAGAGGAAAGUCACCAGCGUGUCCAACGUCAAGAGCGAGGACGUCAAGGUGCGGCAGGACAACGUCACCAAGCUGCUGACGGACAUCCAGGUGAUGAAGGGCAAGCAGGAGAGCAUGGACUCCAAGCUGGUGGCCAUGAAGCACGAGAACGAGGCCCUGUGGCGGGAGGUGGCCAGCCUGCGCCAGAAGCACGCCCAGCAGCAGAAGGUGGUCAACAAGCUCAUCCAGUUCCUGAUUUCCUUGGUGCAAUCCAACCGAAUUCUCGGGGUCAAGAGGAAGAUCCCCCUGAUGUUGAACGACAGCAGUUCAGCACAUUCCAUGCCCAAGUACAGCCGCCAGUAUUCCCUGGAGCACGUCCAUGGAUCGUCCCCCUACGCAGCCUCCUCCCCCGCCUACAGCGGCUCCAACCUGUAUUCCCCGGAUUCCUCGGCCAAUUCCGGCCCCAUCAUCUCCGACGUGACGGAACUGGCCCAGUCCAGCCCCUCGGCCUCUCCCAGCGGGAGCCUGGACGGAAGGAGCAGCCCGGCCGUGCGGAUCAAGGAGGAGCCGCCCAGCCCCGCGCGGAGCCCGCGGGUGGAGGAGCCGAGCCCCGGGAACGCCGGGAACGCCGAGACCCCCCUGUCCCCGUCCACCUUCAUCGACUCCAUCCUGCAGGACAGCGAUCCCGAUCCCGGCGGAGCCGCCGCGCCCGCCGGCCCCGCCCAGCCCCUCUCCCAGGAAAAGUGCCUCAGCGUCGCCUGCCUCGACAAGAAUGAACUCAACGACCACCUGGACACCAUCGACUCCAACCUGGACAACCUGCAGACCAUGCUGAGCACGCACGGCUUCAGCAUGGACAGCGCCCUGCUGGACCUGUUCAGCCCUUCCAUGACGGUUACGGACAUGAACCUCCCCGACCUGGACAGCAGCUUGGCCAGCAUCCAGGAUCUCCUCUCGGCUCAGGAGCAGCAGAAACCCACGGAGACAGAGGCGGGAACGGCGGAUACAGGGAAGCAGCUGGUUCACUACACGGCUCAGCCACUGUUCCUGGUGGACUCGAGCGCCGUGGACGUGGCCGGGGGGGAGCUGCCCAUCUUCUUCGAGCUGGGCGAGGGGCCCUUCUGCCCCGACGGGGCCGAGUACCCCGAGGAGCCCCCCGGCUCCCUCCUGGCCGGCCCCGAGCCCCGCGCCAGGGACCCCGGCGUGUCCUAAGGCCGGCAGGGACAGCAGACCAGGAGGAGGAGGAGGAGGAGGAGGAGGAGGAGGAGGCACUGAAGGGAAGCUCCCGCUCGGCACAGACG